GGGCUGUUUCACUCGCUAUUAGUCAUCAUUCUCUGUCGAAUUGUCUCCUCCUCAAGGAUCGAAUGGACGCCACGGAGGAGACGCUGCUCUUUUUCGACGUCCUUGAUUGCGCUCGCUAUACAGUGGGAUCCUGAGGAAAGACAGUCUGCUGAUGAGUUGUUGCAGCGUCCGUGGACAGAGAAGGCCGAUUGGAGAGCCGGUCUUCCGAGUUGCCCUGUUCUUGCACGACGCUGCUGCCACGCACUAUAUGCACCGGGCGUGGAUCUGGUAUAGCACCGAUUGCAAUCUUUUGAGACCGCAAUGUACGCCCAGAUAUAACAUGCACUUCAAUUCACUUGAAUUCAAUAUAAUGAACGAAUCGUGGAGAACGAGAGACUCGAGGCAGUGUGUCUCGUGCAUUUCCAUCGUGGCAUUGUUGGGGUGUUUAUACCGACACAAAGAGUCCCCGUCGCAUCAUCUCAGCGGAAGCGCUGCAGAGCAGAGAGUUGCGUGCUUACGACAUCGGAGAACAUGCGCCGAAUCGAUGCUGGAGAUGUUUGCCACGAUAUAUAUGCCUUGGAGAGACAGCCGGGGAUGUGUACAUUUACAAGUUUUACCGAAGAGUGUUCUGUAGACGGGCGCGGGCGGGUGCCGACAGUUUUCGGUCGCGUUGUUGCGGAAACGGUGAC